CUUUCGCACAAACAUCAUCACCUCGUGAGAUAGUUUCCCGCCGCAUCACCUCACGACUCACUGUGGAUACGCUUUGGAGUCUUGAGUCGAUAAGACCUGCAACAUGUUCGCACUCCGCCGUAUCGCCGUACGCGCGCUGCAAUACCAGCCUACACGCCAAAUCUCGACCCUGCGACCUGUGUCAUUGACAUCACGCAUCGAAUCGAGCAAGCCCUCCUUUUACCGGUCGUUCCACCAGUCGCAGAAAUGGCUCGCAGAGGAGGAGCAACAGAAGACACAGGAGGGCUCAGCCGAGCCAACUGUCACGGUUGAGCCUAGCACUGAGGAGCAGAAGGAGAUCACGGAGAAGAGUAUCGCCAGUUCAGAAGUCGCAGAUGCUGCUUCGGACAGUGCGUUGCCCCAGAGCGCCACCCAGGCGACGGAAGAGGUGAAGAAUGUAGCAAGUUCUGCAAAGGAUGCUCUGUCCGGCGCUGCAGAGAAGGUUGUAAACAUGGUCAGGCCCAGCUCCCGCUUUCAAUUUCCCAAUGAACCAGGAAAGGAUACGGUACUUUACGUUGGCAAUCUCUUCUUCGAGGUGACGGCACAAGAAUUGGAGGCUGAGUUUGGACGUUUCGGCGAGGUUGUCAACAGUCGCAUUGUCAAAGACCCCACGGGCUCCAGCCGCGGUUUUGGCUUUAUUGAGCUCUCGACCACAGAAGCUGCAAUGAAUGCCAUUCGCGGGUUGGAUCAGAAGGUGUUCCAGGGCCGACGCAUGUUGGUCCAGAAGCACGUCCGCAAAGACAAGCCCAAAAGUCCAGGUGGCUCAUACGCUCCUCGUGACCGUGACGCUCCUCGUGAUCGUGCCUCGGCCUCUCCAAGCAAGACUCUGUUCAUCGGAAACAUGUCUUACGAGAUGAGCGACCGUGAUCUGAAUAAUUUGUUUAGAGAGAUCAAGAACGUACUAGACGUUCGAGUCGCCAUUGAUCGCCGCAGCGGCCAGCCACGUGGUUUCGCGCACGCCGACUUUACCGACGUAGAGAGUGCGGAGAAGGCGAAAGAGUUCCUGGGAAGUAAGAUGGUGUAUGGUCGACAGCUGCGAGUCGAUUUCGCAGCUGAGCCCUCGAAACCGUCCUCUUAAGCGCAGGGCGAUGGUAUGAAGCAAGGUCGGUUGUAUGAAUAAAGGAAGAAAAGAGAGCCAACGCGUAUGUCGGCCACCGCCUAUUGCAAUACUUUCUAGACUUCAGCCUGACGGUGGGGUGCCCGGAGACUGGCCAGUGGUGCAGAGGCCAGCAAUCAAUUGCCCUGCGUUUAUGUCGAAUGGCAAGGUGAAAUUGAGACGAGAGUUCACAAAGAAUGGCAAAAACAUGCUUUUCAAAGUCCUGUAUAGUAUAGAUGUAUCUAGCGUUGUACCGCCGACAACAGCACUGCGACAGGUACACUUAGCAAA